AUGCACCGACUGAGCCGCGCGCUGCUGCGGGCCCUGCCUCGGGCCCCGCUGCUCCGGCAGCCCCCGGGCCCCGGCCGGCUCCUGCCCGCUGCCCUGCGGCCGGGGAGCCGGGGCGGCCUCUCCACCCGGCCCCGGCGGGAGCCGCCCGCCGCCCCGCAGCGCCCUGCGGCCCAGGGGCCGGGCGGCGAGGAGGAGCAGUUCGUCUUCCCCGAGUACGUGGCCGAGCCGGGCCCGGCGCCGGCCAGGGAGCCGCCCGCCGCCCCGGGCCGCCCGGAGAGGAGGCCGCGGGAGAAGCGGCAGCACCGGGUGACUGGGCGGCCGGACCCGUCGGUGCCGCCCAGCGGGGUGAGCUGCUCGGGCUGCGGGGCGGAGCUGCACUGCCGGGACCCCGCCGUGCCCGGCUACCUGCCCAGCGAGAAGUACCGCAGCCUCAUGGGGGGGCAGCCGGGGGGCUCGGAGGGGCAGGGGGCCUUGGGGAGGGUGGUGUGUCAGCGCUGCUGGCUCCUGGUCCAUCACCAGCAGGCGCUGCACAUGCAAGUGUCCCGGGAGCAAUACCGCAAUCUGGUGAGUGCUGCCCUGCGCAGCCCCCCACGCCACGGACGCCGCCCCCUGGUGCUAUACAUGGUGGACAUGCUGGACCUGCCCGACUCGGUGCUACAGGACCUGCCUCAGUUGGUGGGUGCAGGAUCCAACAUCCUGGUGGUGGGCAACAAGGUGGACCUGUUGCCUGGGGACUCUCCAGACUAUCUGAAGCGCUUCCGAAAACAGCUGCUGAGGAGCUGUGCCCAUGUGGGCAUCCUCCCUGCAGCCCAGGGCACUGGGGGCCAGGUUGCCAGGACUGGGAGCCAGAACUUGGUGGAUGUGCACCUGAUCAGUGCUAAGACAGGCUAUGGAGUGGAGGAGCUGAUCUCCAAAUUGCAGCGCUCCUGGAAGUGCAAUGGCGAUGUGUAUCUUGUAGGAGCUACCAACUCUGGCAAAUCCACACUGUUCAAUACCCUGCUGCAGUCUGACUAUUGCAAGUCCAAAGCCUCGGAGGUGAUCAGCAGAGCAACAAUCUCGCCCUGGCCAGGCACAACUUUAAACCUCCUGAAAUUUCCAAUUAUUAACCCUACAUCUGACAGACUGUUCAGGAGACAGGAGAGGCUAAAAGCAGAAGCAGAAAAAACUGAAGAACAACUUAGUGAUGAUGAACAAAAGUAUCUUAAAUGCCUUAAAAAGCAAGGUUAUUUAAUAGGAAGAGUUGGAAGAACGUUUCAACAACAGAAGUCAAAAGCUGUAAUUGAGUUUGAUCCUGAUGAGCUCUCUUUUAGCAUGGAAGAGGAGCCUGUCUUUUCAUCCAACAAGCCUAAAGAGAGAGUGGAAUUUACAUACAAUGAACUGAAAGAUGCUCGCUGGUUUUUUGACACGCCAGGGAUUGUAAAAGAAAAUUGUGUUUUAAAUCUUCUAACAGAGAAAGAAGUAAAGCUUGUCUUGCCGACACAUGCCAUUGUUCCACGGACCUUUGUACUUAAGCCUGGAAUGGUUUUGUUUCUAGGUGCUUUGGGACGCAUAGACUAUUUGCAGGGAGCAAAAUCCUCCUGGUUUUCUGUUGUGGCUUCUAACCUUUUGCCAGUCCAUGUUACUACCCUGGAGAAAGCAGAUAGCAUCUAUCAGAAGCAUGCUGGCAAAACAUUACUGAAGGUUCCCAUGGGGGGUGAAGAGCGAAUGAAGGAAUUCCCACCGCUUAUUCCUCAGGAAAUUACGCUGGAAGGAAUUGGCACCCUUGAGGCAGUGGCUGACAUAAAGCUGUCCUCUGCUGGUUGGGUUGCAAUAACUGCUCACUUGGAAGACAAACUACAGCUGCGAGCCUAUACUCCUGAAGGGACAACAUUGAUAAUACGUAAACCUCCUCUGUUGCCACACAUCGUUGACAUCAAAGGGAACCGCAUCAGAGGAAGUGCAUCCUAUAGAACUAAAAAGCCACCUCCCCUAGUGGAGAAUUUAAAGGCAAAUGGAACAAAUAAACAAAUAAAAAGAGUAUCUAAAAUUUAAGAAGCACAGGAGCUGGGAAGCCCUUGGACGUAUGUGUUGCUUACAGACAAUUACGAAAACAAUUAUUCAUAGAAAACACAUUCUGAUUUUAAGACUGACUUCUGUAAAACAUGUUUGAAAGACCUUGCAAAUGCAGAUUUGAAGUUUGUAUCAGGCUACUGCAUAGUGCAGCUCAUGGGAUCAUGUGAUUUGUAGUCUCUACUUCCCAUUACCAGAUGG